ACAUACACAGUCUGCACAGUGCUCCCGGGCAGGAAGAUCUCAGAUCACAGAUUAGUGCUUCUCGUCUCCUGCUCGGCACGCUGAUGCUCCAUCGCUCAGUCAGUCAGAGAGGACGGCAAGCAAAACUAAACGAACAGGAGGGGGAGACGAGGAGGAGAGGAGAGGGGCUGACUGCUGGAGGAGUCCACGUGUCUCCUUUCUCCUAGCUGUAGCCUUAGCCGCUGUUAAUGGAGGACUGGGGUGCAUGAGGAGUGUUACUCUGCUGCAGACCGCCACAGCCUGAAGCCAUCCUGCCAAAUCUGGAGACCAUGUCUGGAGCAUACGACGAGUCCGCCAGCCUGGAGGAGACCACAGACAGUUUCUGGGAGGUUGGUAACUACAAACGUACGGUGAAGCGGAUUGACGAUGGUCACCGGCUUUGCAAUGACCUGAUGAACUGCAUCCAGGAGCGUGCCAAAAUAGAGAAAGCCUACUCACAGCAGCUGACGGAGUGGUCCAAGAGAUGGAGACAGCUGGUGGAUAAAGGGCCUCAGUACGGCACAGUAGAGCGAGCUUGGAUGGGGGUGAUGACGGAGGCGGAGAAGGUGAGCGAGCUUCACCAGGAAGUGAAAAACAAUCUGAUCAAUGAUGACUUUGAGAAGGUGAAGAACUGGCAGAAAGACUUGUACCACAAACAGAUGAUGGGAGGAUUCAAGGAAACCAAAGAGGCAGAGGAGGGUUUCAAGAAGGCCCAGAAGCCCUGGGCCAAAAAGCUAAAAGAGCUCGAGGCUGCCAAGAAGUCCUACCACAUGGCCUGCAAAGAGGAGAAGCUGGCGUCCACCAGAGAGGCCAACAGUAAGGGAGAGGCCUCCGUGACUGCUGACCAGCAGAAGAAGCUCCACGAGAAGGUGGACAAGUGCAAACAGGACUCACAGAAGGCCAAGGAGAAGUAUGAGAAGGCUCUGGAUGAGCUGAGUAAGUGCACUCCGCAGUACAUGGAAAACAUGGAGCAGGUGUUUGAUCAGUGCCAGCAGUUUGAAGAGAAGAGGCUGAGCUUCCUCAGGGAGGUGCUGUUGGACGUCAAACGCCACCUCAACCUCACAGAAAACCAAAGUUAUGCUACAGUGUACAGAGAACUUGAACGCACCAUCACAUCGUCUAGCCCGCAGGAAGAUCUGAAGUGGUUCAGCAACACCCACGGCCCCGGCAUGCACAUGAACUGGCCACAGUUUGAGGAAUACAACCCAGACCUCACCCACAACAUCUCAAAGAAAGAAAAGUCAAAGAAAGCCAAUGAUGGAGUCAUGCUGACCAACGUCACCACAGCAGUAGAUCACGCUCAGGCUGGAGACCGGGGAAGUGUCAGCAGCUACGAGAAGAAUCAGGCAUACACAGCCUCCACGGAGUGGUCGGACGAGGACCAGACAGCCCCGAACUCAGGCAACGACACCAACGGAGGGACAAACCCCUUCGAGGAAGAAGUGAGCAAAGGCGUGAGGGUGAGAGCGCUGUAUGACUACGAAGGCCAAGAGCAGGACGAGCUCAGCUUCAAAGCAGGGGACGAGCUGACGAAGCUGGAGGAGGAGGACGAACAGGGCUGGUGUAAAGGGCGUCUAGACAACGGCCAGCUGGGUCUGUACCCGGCCAAUUAUGUGGAGCCGAUUUAGCCAUUCCAGCGAAGGAUGCUUGUCUCGUCGGAGGGCAAACCCAGACUGAACCGUCCGGUCAUAACUGCACAUUGCCAGAGACUUGAAAGCAAAGCUUCCUCUCUCCACUGGGCACAGUGAGCUGUCUUCAUCUCAGCACUCAUCACAGAGAAGACUCGUUCAGGAUCACAUCAUCGUCAUGAAAAUACUGCAAAUGCAGCAGAAAUAUUUUAGUCUCUUUUGUGUGUAGCUGUGUUUGACAUCAGACGUGAUGCUAACAUGCCAUACAGUAUGUUCCCUCAUCAUAACAUUGAUAUGGUAUCGUCAGUUGUGCCUGGAUAGCGAGAUGAGCUAUGCAUUGUGCAUUUCAUGUAUAUAUUUUAAUCUUUUUUUUUUUUACAGUCUGGACGCUUGUACAGUUUUUUUUUUGUCUCAUUGAAUACAGUGUUUUCUUUAUGAAAUAUUUACGUGUUCAGCAUUAAAGGAAUAGUUUGACAUUUUGGGGAAUGUCAAACACCGAACGACUUUACAAGCAAUUUCACUGUUGCAGACAAAUUUCCAAUGUUGAGAUGAUGUCAUGAGAGUUUUGCUAGAGUUGUGGCGAGCUCCCGUGAUCUCAGUCAUUUGGUGUGAAGUAUUAGAAAACUCGGCCCGAGCUGUCUUAAGCCGUUUUUUUUUCUCAUCUUGAUGUUCCGAUAAAAUCAUCGUUUAAUAUUAUUAUCAGUUUUUAGUCUUGGCUCAUGCAAAUAUUUAAUUCAGCAACCAAUAGCUGCGAUCUCUCCAGCUCCAAACAGGGAACAGCAAACUGGGUAGACAGUAAACAUGGAGGGCACUGCAGGGAGGCACAAGAUUCUGAUUAAGUCUCAGUUCUCUUGGGCUAUAUCCACACUAGUACGUUUUAGACUACUAGUACGCAUAACUAUUGUUAAGUUUACACUGCGUCCACACCGCUUCAGCGUUUUGGAAACACUAAAUCUGAGACCUUUGAGCACGCCGUCAACCCCAAUUUAGUCUGAAAACUUCAUGGUUGCAUUUUAGUCUGGAUGGGUGAAAACAAUGACGUUGAAACCUACGUUUGCUUCCUGACUGGGUCUUAUCAGUCACGACAUGUCAAGUUAAAACAUUAUAGCUUGGUCUACGUAUCUUUUGUGAUUUCAUCUUUCCAUGGCUUCUGCUGGUGAUGGAUGAUGCUCCAGGCACUGCUCUGAUACAUGGCCGUAUUUGCUUUGUAACACCUCCCAAUCUGUUUCCCGCUGCCUUUACCAUCUUAUUCUCAUACAUUCAGUAAGUGUUCUGACCCAUCAUUGGUCCAAGCUAAGAAAUCUUAGUACUUUUUGCCAUCUCUGUGGUAUUAUCCGAAAGUAGACAAUCUGCUUCCUGUUUACACCAGUAUGCACAUGCCCAGUGUUUGUCAAUGGUCAUGAAACAUACGUUUUUAGGUGUGUUAAUAUAGGCUGAGAUUAAUUCUGAAACGGUGCUAAAAUGCUCAUGUGUACGGAGAAUGUUCUCGUUUUAAAACGCUGUUAUAAAAUGAAAAACAGAUGGUGAGGUGUGGAUGUUGCCUUGGAUUGUUGAGAAGGAGGAGAAACACGAGUGCCUCUUUGAUGUGUCCUCCCAUUUGUAGCAUGGCAGAAUAGAGAACGAAAAAGUGGACAGAAAUUGUUGAAGCCCUGUCUUUGAAAAGUCUUUUGAAGAAUAAAGUCAGACACCCCCUCACAUCUAAAGACAAUGUGUCAUAAACAUUGUCUUUAGAUGUGAGAGGGUGUCUGACUUUAGUCCUUUAAAAGUAUUUUCAAAGGCUUCGAAAGUGUGUGUGGUAGGCAUUAGACGUGAAGGUCAGUACCAGUCAUGUUUGUACUGUAAAUAUAAAGCUAGAGGCAGUCCCAGGUUAGCUUAUCUUAGUAUAAAGUGGAAACAGCUUUCCUGUCUCUGUCUAAAGGAAACAAAAUCCACCUACAAACACCUCUAAAGCUCAACGAUUAACAACUUCUAUCUCCUUUGUGUAAUCCAGAGAGGGGGAGGCUCACAGGGUCAGACUUUGAAAACGCCUGGUUUAAUCCACACAGAGUUGAAGUGAAUGGACUAUAUGCUGCAGAUAGGAGAGUCAAAAAGAGUUACAGCACAAAACUCCCUAUAACACCACAACUUUUCAUUUUUUGCACAGAUUAAGUGAGCUUUACAGACAGAGACAGGCGAUCUAAUUUCCCCCUGCUUCUUCAUGUCUUUAUGCUAAGAUAAGCUAACCAGCUGCUGGUGCACAAACACAAGAGUGGUACUGAACUUCUCCUCUAAGGGCACGGUCACACAUGCACAAAAUUAACAUUGGCAAAUAUACACCUCCUGUUCACUUCAUUCAAUGUGAGCGAAGGAGAGAAUAAAAGAUUUGCCUCCAGUGGCAAAGCAAAUUCACAUCUUUGCACCACGUUGAGUUCAACUUCAGUGAUCUUUGACCAGCGAAGUCACAGCCUCAACCAAUAGCAGAGAAGUGUAUGUGGAGAAGACAUUAGCCUCUUUUACACUGCCUCUUCAAGGCAGUUAUUCUGUAAAGAAGGUACAAUCGCAGAAUGGGAGGACAGAGUUUUCUUGCCUUUAACCUGGCAGCAGAGGUAGUAACAGCGCCGAAACGACCUCAUUAUUAACAGGGUGGCCGGCAGGAUGGCAUCAUGGGUGGCACAGGUGUGACAAUUUAAUGAUGUGUUAUGUGUGCGGCCCACCGUGGGAGAUUUAAAAAGCAGCUGUUAGCAGUUAGCAGCUAACUUAAGACUUAAGGAGGAGGAAAAAUGGCCAAAAAUGCCCACAAAUGGAGAAAACAAUGAGAUUCAGGAGCUCCUUACAGGGAUGGUAAAUGAUUGGUAUAACCAUGUUAAUGCCACUGUUAUUGCUGAUAAAGUGCUGCCGAAGCAUAUGUUGUAUGUCACACUAGACGUUGACGCUCUUGUGUUACAUUUCAAUCCCGUCACAACUCUUCAUUCCACGAUGCUGUUACACUAUCUAAGGGUGCUUUCACACCUUCCCUGUUUGGUCAGUUCAAUCAAACUCAAGUUUGUUUGCUCCCAAAGUGCGGUUCGUUUGGGCAGGUGUGAACACAGCAAUUAUACUCGAGUGCGCACCAAAACAACCGGACCGAGACCUUCAUGAAGAGGUGGUCUUGGUCCGGUUACAAAUGAACUCUGGUGCAGUUUGUUUAGGGUGAGAACGUGUUCUGACCUCGACCUGAACCAACUGCAGUCACAUGACACAUCGUUUGGGUUAAACCACAUGGAAAUUCUGACCAAUCAAGAGCAGUUUUCUCUCGCAGGCAUUGAAUCUGGUCGGCUUGUACAUGCUGCCGUGAGAACACGAACCAACUCUAGGCAAUUAUGCAGCUUUGUAACAAAAUUAGUCUCUGAUUCAGAACCAAAAAUGCAAACUCUAAAUCUGAAAGCACCCUAAAAUCACACACUGGAGCGCCGUGAUGCCACUGUCAUUGGGAUCUGUGUAAAAAUGUAAAGACAGCAUGAAGAUGGGACUUCGUAGCAACCCUAUAGUGCGAUCUCUGUGUAAAAAGGGCAAUCGAUUGUUGCCGUGUCAACCCUAUUUAUUAGCAAGCUAGCUAACAUUAGCUAGCAAGUUAAUUUUCAGUGUGCAUCACAUCAGGCACUGCCCACAUUUAGGAUGAAUAUCACCUCAGCAGGCGAUGGUCAUUGGCAUGCAUUGCUCUUGUGUGGCCGUGCCCUUACUCUGCAUAAAAUAUAUAUGUAUGUCAAACUAUUCCUUUAAUGCAUUUAGUUGUUUUCCUGCUGCACUCCACAGCAUGUCACUGAAUUAGCAUUCUGAGCGGAGAUAAAAGACAGCUCACCAUCAGUGAAGUAAACACACACAAAGUCACUCAGCAGAGCUUGUCUUUGAAAUGGAAAUAUGUACUCUACCAAACAGUGCAAGAACUGUUUACAUUAACCUCGCUGUCCCACCCGUCACUGACAAGGUGCCUGUUAUAACCAUUACAUUGCAGUUAGUGUCUCCUCCUCCCGUCUUUACGUGCAGACUGUGUUAAUAACCCCGACGCCAUGAACAAAACCUGCCUGGAAAACAGCUUAAUUUCACAGCAAAGGUUUUAUUUAUUUUUAUCUGCAGUUAAUGAGACUUGUUUACUCUGAGUGAAUGUCAGUGACUCCGCUUCCUGCUCUUAUCUCUGUGAUUAUGUGCAUGCUGAUGCUCCCACACACUGUUUACCACUCUGAUCUGAACUGAUCCAGUGCAUGGCCUCACUUUGUUCCCACCAAAUUACUGACAGUUUCUUGAUCAAAUUAAAACUCCUAUCAGGAUGGUGAUGAUGAUUUGCAUUGCGUAACAUAGUCUGAUUGGUCUAUUUUACUGCAGACUGUGUUAAAUAUACACGUCUUUAUAGUUCAAUGUUUUAAUCAGAAGACUUUAUACAGACAAAGAGCAGGAGUGCAUGUGGCAGGACAGUACAUGUUGACUGGUUUGUUGCUCCUGGUAACCACAGGUGAAAACGACACCUUUGUCUGUGAGGAAGGUGGGUGUAGUCUUACUGACGCAGACAGAGAAGGCUGCGGUGAGUGAAAAAAGCAGAAAGAGGAUCCGUCUCUGAAAAAUUAAUGAGACAUUUGCCUUUUUCUGCUGCAUGAGGGAAGUUCAUUUUUAUAAGAUCCAGGAGGGAAAUGUCUCUUGUACUGCGUUUGUGCUUAUGUAUGCUUUUUAAAAAAAUGUAGCUCCUUGUAAAGCACUGGGCUCAGAUGGGGUGACAUUAAUAUUGCCUUACUACAAUCCUCCACCCUACCACUCCAAAGACUCUCAACCAUCGUGUUUAACAAAGUGAGCUCGCUUUCACAGAAUCUGACUCCUGCUUCUCCAGCUCAGUUUACACCGACACCACACGCAGGCCCUCUUUGUCUGACUGAAGAUGAUGUGAAUUUAAAGACUUCAGACUGUAUUUGAAGCAGAACGGGACUGUUAACAAGUGUACUGUACAAGUGUGUAAAAGCUACGACUGCAGCGCCCACUGUGAAACUCCUGUGAUACACUGGAAGACGGUAUAUUUAAAAAGAAAUACUCAAAUGCUUCUUUCUUUUCUGUCUGGAAACGUUGAUCUGCAGUAUUGAGGAAAACUUUUUAGAGGGCUUUCUCUCUCUUUUUUUUUAGCAUAGUGCUGUAAUUUCCAAACUGUAGUGCCUGUUCAUCUGCAUACGCAAAAAUAAAAGA